AAUGUCACGCACAGAUAAGAGACUGAAAUUAAUAAAGAGAACAAAUGGGAAGUUUGCAUACACAUGCAAGACAUCUGUGUCAUUAUAUACAGAAAAUUCAUUGUGAUUCGUGCUUGUUUACUACCUAGCGACAUCGGCCAUGACAAUGUUUGUCUCAUCGGUACACAGGUGAGGUGAUUGAUGCGCGUGAAAUUAACACCUGUACUGACGACAUCACAGACGCCGUCUCAGCACGUCGUUGCCAAGGCCACGACGCACCGGUCGAUCGAUGGUUAGCGAGCGACAGUUUUGACUUACAUGAUACAAUCAACAAGUAGGUCGCGAGACAUCACGUUGUCGCUCCAAGAUUUAAUGAUAUUUUCAUUACGAAGAACGCUGUUCUAUCACCCAUAAAGCAACAGGACGUCUUUUUACUAAACCUUUCCAGUUUUUCCCUGACAGGCGACUGAUUGAGAAGAUAGCGUGUGUAUCUGUAUAAACAGAUCCAACUCAGUGGGUUACUGUCAAGAUGCCACCAGGAGCUAUACCCUUCCCAUUUGGAGACUGUCGCAUCUGUAAUGACAGAGCUACUGGGGUCCAUUAUGGUCUGGCCACAUGUGAAGGUUGUAAGGGCUUCUUCAAGAGAAGCAUCCCCAAGGGAGAUAAGUACAAGUGUUUCUUCGGAGGCCAAUGUAUCAUCACUCCGCAAAACAGGAACAGAUGUAAGUCAUGUCGCUACAGGAAGUGCCUGGAGCUCGGCAUGUCUUUUGAAGCUGUUAAGAUGGGUCGAAUUCCGAAGAUGGAGAAACAGAGGGCUCUGGACGCUGCCAGGAACCCUGGUGGCUGUGCCGAAUCUCCGGACAGUGGGAUAGACGAUGAUGCAUUCAACGCUGUCGCACGUCACGUAACUGAUCAUGUGACCAAUCAGUUGACUAAUCAAGUGACCAGCCAAAUGUCCAAACUUCUCAGCAGUGACGUGGCUCCCCACCAAUUCUGUAGUUAUGGUAACAGCUCUGGUGAAGUGCCCCGCCCUCAGUCCUCAUCCUCUUAUCAGCACGUAGCCACCCACUUGUACAGUGAAGCUUUUCCUCACGUACCAUGGAAUGAUGAUAUUGGUAGUUUUUCUGAACCAAACAGAGAUCAGCCCAAGGAGCCCUGUCCUGUGGAUAACCUGGACGGAUCUGGAACCUCCAAUAUGAACUUACUGGCAGAAACAGCCUUGUUGCCAAAGACGUCCAAAAGCAGUGUUCCUGAAGCAGCUUCAGUCAGUGAUGACAGCAACACGUCCAGCAACAGUUGUUCCAUGUACAGCCCGAACGUCAUCAAGGUGUUGUUCAAUCAGGUUGUGGAGAUGACAGGCGGCAACAAGGUGUCGGAGAUUGUCAUUGAGAAACUUGCCAAGAAGUGCCCGGACAAUAGCAGCAUGCGUCUGCUGAAACGUCUGUCCAGUGAAACUUACAUCAAUACAGCCAGCAAUACAACUGAAACCGCCAGUUCUGUUCCUAAUGCAGUGAGAGAGUCAGGACAAGAGUGGUCUCCCUUGGCUGGUCAGUUGUUUACGUCCAGCGGAUGUCAGUCAUCAAAUUGGAACAAAACUGGUUUAAAGCAGGACAGUUUCAGUCCAAGUGAGCAGCAGACAAAGUAUUUUGAGAGUUCUGUCUUCCUACAUGACGACGAUCCUUCAGAUACCAUUGGAAGCACUGCCUCAAGCAGGGACAUGGUAUGGAUGCCCAGUAUGUUGCUAGCAGUGACACGGACUUCUACACCAGUGAACAUCCAGAUCAACAGGUGCAUUCUUUUCAUCAAGACAUGUUCACGCAGGAUCCGUCCUAUCAGGUUCAAGGUCAGGAUGAAGGUCAGGGUCAUCCAUGGCAUAUGGAUUGUUCUGCUACUGUUUCAGCACAAUCAGCACAAUACACCAAUCCUACUGAAUCCAACUGGUCACAUGAUCAGGAUCAACCAAUCGAUUCUUCUGACACAGAAAUGAUACAAAGCAGUGAUGCCAUUGACAGAUCUGAUGAUGUUGAAACAGAAACUGUUGAAAGUUCAGCAGAUGACAUUUUCGACAAAGGUGGUGAAGAAGCCUUUGAUGCUUUAGUUAAAGGCCUUGAGAAGGCCCUGGAGGUCGGCAGUGGACCAUAUCUUGAAGCCAGACAUCAUGCCCGAAUCUUCAUCCAGCAGAAGCUUCCGAUGCCAAGGGAGGAAAUAACUGAAGAAACUGUGAAGGACACAUGGAACCAGCUGUUCCGAGGAGUUCACACCACCAAUGAGAGAAUCAUAGGUUUCUGCAAUGCUGUCCCUGGCUUCUCGAAAAUCAAUGUAGAGGACCAGAAGAUGCUGUUGAAGCAUGCCUACUACGAUAUC